AUGGCCGCGAAGUCGGAUGGCGCGGCGGGCGCGGCGGGCGCGGCGGGCGCCGAGGGGGCGGCCGGCGGGGCCCGGGCCGGGCCGGGCGGACGCGCCGACGCGGCGGCGGCGGCGGCGGCGGCGGCGGCGGCGGCGGGCGGCGCGGGGCCGCGCUACGAGCUGCGGGACUGCUGCUGGGUGCUGUGCGCGCUGCUCGUCUUCUUCUCCGACGGCGCCACCGACCUGUGGCUGGCGGCCUCCUACUACCUGCAGGGCCAGCGCACCUACUUCGGCCUCACGCUGCUCUUCGUGCUGCUGCCUUCGCUCGUCGUGCAGCUGCUCAGCUUCCGCUGGUUCGUCUACGACUACGCCGAGCCCGCCGGGGCCCCGGGACCCGCCGUCAGCACCAAGGACAGCGCCGCCGCGGCCGCCGCCGUCAGCACCAAGGACAGUGCCCUCGCCCUGCGGACCAAAGACGGCAGCCCAGAGCCCGGCCCGCCGCUGCCCGCGCCCCCCUCGGCGGCCGCCGCCUACCGCCGCCGCUGCUGCCGCCUCUGCGUCUGGCUGCUGCAGACCCUCGUCCACCUCCUGCAGCUCGGCCAGGUCUGGAGGUACCUGCGCGCCCUCUACCUGGGGCUGCAGAGCCGCUGGCGCGGGGAGCGGCUGCGGCGCCACUUCUACUGGCGGAUGCUGUUCGAGAGCGCAGACGUGAGCAUGCUGCGCCUGCUGGAGACCUUCCUGCGCAGCGCGCCCCAGCUGGUGCUGCAGCUCAGCCUGCUGUUGCACCGGGGCGGCGAGCCCGACCUGCUGCCGGCCCUGUCCACCUCUGCCUCCCUCGUGUCACUGGCCUGGACACUGGCCUCCUACCAGAAGGUGCUGCGGGACUCGCGGGACGACAAGCGGCCUCUGUCCUACAAGGGUGCCGUGGCCCAGGUGCUGUGGCACCUCUUCACCAUCGCGGCCCGCAGCCUGGCCUUCGCACUCUUCGCCAGCGUCUACAAGCUCUACUUCGGCAUCUUCAUUGUGGCACACUGGUGCGUCAUGACCUUCUGGGUCAUCCAGGGCGAGACGGACUUCUGCAUGUCCAAGUGGGAGGAGAUCAUCUACAACAUGGUGGUGGGCAUCAUCUACAUCUUCUGCUGGUUCAACGUCAAGGAGGGCCGCAGCCGCCGCCGCAUGACGCUCUACUACUGCAUCGUGCUGCUGGAGAACGCCGCGCUCACGGGCUUCUGGUACUCCAGCCGCAACUUCGCCACCGACUUCCGCUCCCUCAUCCUGGUGUGCGUGGUGGCCUCCAGCUUCGCGCUGGGCAUCUUCUUCAUGUGUAUCUACUAUUGCCUCCUGCACCCCAACGGGCCCAUGCUGAGUCCUCAGGCCCCAGGCUGCAUCUUCCCCGAGGCCCCUGGGCCCUGUGGCCCCCCAGCCGAGCCUAUCACGAGCCCCCCCAGGUCUCUGCCGAGGACUACAGGCACUGAGCGGGAUGGGGUCUACAUGGGGGGCGAGCGUGCCGGGACCCCCACUCCGCCUGUCUUCCAGGUGCGGCCAGGCUUGCCUCCCACCCCUGUGACCCGAGCCUUGCGGACAGAGGGGCCGGUCAUUCGGAUUGACCUGCCCCGGAAGAAGUACCCGGCGUGGGAUGCUCACUUUAUCGACCGGCGGCUCAGGAAGACCAUCCUGGCCCUGGAGUACUCCUCCCCCGCCACACCCCGGGUGCAGUACCGGAGCGUGGGGACCUCCCAGGAGCUGCUGGAGUAUGAGACCACGGUGUAGGCCACAGCCUGUCCACUGACAGGGACAGGCUUGGCUCAAGGCCAUCACCCACACGGAUCAGUGUUGAGCCUGGAGGGCCCAGGCCACCGGGCUCGAGGGAAGGGAGCUGUUGGUCCCAGGUGGAGUAGCCUCACCUUUGGGUUCUCUCCAAGGGGGGGGCAGCCUGGCCAGGUUCCGGCCCGUGCUCUGACCCUCUGUCCUCUUUUCAGUCCUGUGGCCCAUUUCCUAAACUCCCCGGAUCCAGGGCCCAGGGAAUCAACUGGUGCUACCCUCCUCCUAGUCUGCCUCCUUUCCUGUAGGCCUCCACAUGCUUCUCAUGCUGGUGGGGCUCCCAUAACCUGUCCCUGACCUGGAGUUGCCCAGGGUCACCCACCAGGGA